CAUCAUCAUCACUCAGCAGUGUCAAACAAUGGCACCAUCAAUGAAAGAAAUCUUUUCCAAAGAUAAUUUCAAGAAAAACAAGAAACUUAUCUUGCUAUCCUCCGCCGUAGCUUUGCUCCUCGUAGCCGCCGUCGCCGGAAUCUCCGCCGGAACUUCAAAAGCCAACGAAAAACGAACUCUAUCCCCGUCGUCUCACGCCGUGCUAAGAUCCUCCUGCAGCUCCACGCGUUACCCUGAGCUAUGUAUCUCCGCCGUGGCAACUGCCGGCGGCGUCAAGCUAACGUCGCAAAAAGACGUCAUCGAGGCAUCGCUGAACCUAACAAUAAUCGCCGUGGAGCACAAUUACUUCAACGUGAAGAAGCUGAUCAAGAAGAGGAAAGGACUAACGCCGCGCGAGAAGACGGCGCUUCAUGACUGUUUGGAGACUAUUGAUGAGACGCUGGACGAGCUCCAUGAAACGGUGGAAGAUCUACAUUUGUAUCCAACAAAAAAAACUCUCCGGGAACACGCCGGAGAUCUCAAAACCCUAAUCAGCUCCGCCAUUACCAACCAGGAGACUUGUCUCGACGGCUUCUCUCAUGACGUCGCCGAUAAGCAAGUUCGUAAAGCCUUGUUGAAGGGUCAGAUACACGUAGAGCACAUGUGCAGCAACGCUCUAGCAAUGAUCAAGAACAUGACUGAUACUGACAUAGCCAACUUCGAGCAAAAAGCUAAAAUAACCUCAAACAACCGUAAGCUCAAGGAGGAGAAUCAGGAAACUACGGUGGCCGUAGAUAUCGCCGGAGCCGGAGAGCUAGACGCGGAGGGAUGGCCGACUUGGUUAUCCGCUGGAGAUAGGAGGCUUCUUCAGGGUUCGACUGUGAAAGCCGACGCCACCGUCGCAGCUGACGGUAGCGGUACAUUUAAGACGGUGGCGGCUGCGGUUGCGGCGGCCCCCGAAAAUAGUAACAAGAGGUAUGUGAUACAUAUAAAAGCCGGAGUUUAUAGAGAGAAUGUGGAUGUUGCAAAGAAGAAAAAGAAUAUAAUGUUUAUGGGAGAUGGUCGGACGAGAACUAUUAUCACCGGAAGUCGAAACGUCGUCGACGGUAGCACCACUUUCCACUCCGCCACCGUUGCUGCUGUCGGCGAGAGAUUCUUAGCUCGUGACAUCACUUUCCAAAACACGGCGGGUCCGUCGAAGCACCAAGCGGUGGCUCUCCGUGUGGGUUCUGAUUUCUCCGCCUUCUACAACUGCGACAUGUUGGCUUAUCAAGACACUCUUUAUGUCCACUCUAACCGUCAAUUCUUCGUCAAGUGUAUCAUCGUCGGAACCGUCGACUUCAUCUUCGGAAACGCCGCCGUUGUGCUCCAAGACUGUGACAUUCACGCUCGCCGCCCCAACUCCGGCCAGAAAAACAUGGUCACAGCUCAGGGACGAACCGAUCCGAACCAGAACACAGGGAUCGUUAUCCAGAAAUGUAGGAUCGGUGCCACGUCGGAUUUACAGUCAGUGAAAGGUAGUUUUCCGACGUACUUGGGUAGGCCGUGGAAGGAGUAUUCACAAACGGUGAUAAUGCAGUCGGCUAUCUCCGACGUGAUUCGACCCGAAGGGUGGUCUGAGUGGACCGGGACUUUUGCGUUGAACACUCUGACUUAUAGAGAGUAUGCGAAUACAGGAGCAGGAGCUGGAACUGCAAAUAGAGUGAAGUGGGGGGGCUUUAAGGUAAUUACGGCUGCUGCUGAAGCUCAAAAAUAUACGGCUGGUCAGUUUAUUGGUGGUGGAGGCUGGUUAUCGUCGACCGGUUUCCCCUUCUCGCUCGGUCUUUGAGAGAUUGUUAUUGUGUAAUGUGUUCCUACGUAUUGUUGGCUACUAAAAUUAUUGAUUAUAUUGUAUGAAUCAAAUCGUGUUGUUCUCUUUGUUUUUUUUUGGGUUGUGUAUUUCUCUAGAUCGUAGUAUUAGAAACGAGGUGAAAUAAUGCGGAUUUUUUGCG